AUACCCCCUAUUUCAGUACCCUACUUGCUUUUUCUUUUCUAGUUUUCAUUUCUCGUUGUUUUCUGAUGAAAUUCUUUCUUUCUUCUUUAAUUUUUUGAUUUUAUGUUGUGAAAGUCUCAAGUGUUCGGUGCUUUUUGUUAAAUUUAUACGAUCUCAACGUUUCCUCAUUACGUGAUUGUAACCCGUAAUGUGAGUAUUUCUUUGCUGAUAAGCCAUUCUUGUUAACUACAGUCUUUCUUAUAAAUUCACUCAGCGAACAUGUCUUCGAUGGAAGUAGACGUUAAAGACGACGAACAACCGUCCUCAAGUACAGCGGUGACGGAGAAAAAACGAUUCGAAGUAAAAAAAUGGAACGCCGUUGCAUUAUGGGCCUGGGACAUCGUUGUCGAUAACUGUGCUAUCUGCCGAAACCACAUCAUGGAUUUGUGUAUCGAAUGUCAAGCCAACCAAGCUUCGGCUACGAGCGAAGAAUGCACCGUCGCUUGGGGUGUCUGUAAUCACGCUUUUCACUUCCACUGUAUCUCGAGAUGGUUAAAAACACGUCAAGUAUGCCCCUUGGAUAAUCGUGAAUGGGAGUUUCAAAAAUACGGGCAUUAAAUUUUGGAUCGUCGUGUUCGAACCACCUACAUAUUACUAAUAGAGAUAUCCUACGUGAUUGGUUUGGCGAAACUGCUCUUUUCUGUUUCCAUACAAUAUUUUUUCGUUCUUAUUUUUAUAGUGUUAAGCUCGCGUUGGACGAUCUGCGUGUUAAAUUUACUCCUCAUAAAUCCUUGUCAUUUGAGAAUAUUUUGAAUUGUAAUUAAUAUAUUUUUUUUUCGUAUUUUGUAUUGGUAAAUAAUUACAUUUUUUCGUUUAUUUAGUGGUA